AUGACUUCAAAUAUAGAAAAUGGAGUAUCAAAUCUUUCAAUUUAUAAAGAUAAUACAAAUAAUUCAUCAUCAUCAAUAAGUUUAAAACAUGAUUAUAUAGAUAAUCCAUUUAGUGGUAAAAAAGAUCAAUUUGAUCAAGUAUUAGAUUUAUUAGAUUCAACUGGAUUUAUACCUGAAAAUUUAUUAGAAUCAGAAACAAAAUGGUUUUAUGAAAGUUUAGGAAUUGAUGAUGUAUUUUUUGCAAGAUCUUCUCCAGAAGAAAUUGUAAGUCAUAUUCAUGCUUUAUAUUCAUGUAAAGUUCAAGCUUUUGCUAAUAAAGGUGAACAACCUUUAAUUUCUUAUAAAGUUGAAGCUGAAGAUCAUGCAGUAUUUUUUGAUACUGUUGAUGUAUUAGAUUUUGAAAGAAAUCCUUUUGAAGGUAGAAUUGAUGAUAAAUAUAUUGAUCCAAGUAAUUCUUUAACAACAAGUUAUAGAACUGAAUAUUUUUGUUCUCCUUUACAAUAUAAAACUGAUCCUAUAUUAACUGGUAUUUAUCAAACAAAUCGAAAAUUAGGUGAACAAUUUGUUAGAUUAUUUUUUGUUUAUAAAAAUCAAUAUAAUACUACUACACCAGUAUCACAAGAUGAAACUGAUAUAAAUAAAAUUGGUGAUAAAACUUUUUUAAAAAUUGUUUCACAACAUACAAAAACAUUAUAUGAAAAUAUUAUAAAAGAAGUUAUAAAAUCAACUGGUCCAAUUAUAAAACAUUUUCCUAUAGAAAAUAGUGAUGAAUAUAGAGUUAUUAUUGGUUAUAGACAAAAUACUGCUGCAAGAUAUAAUUCUGCAUUAAGUGAUUUAGCAAAUUAUUAUAAAUUACAAACUACAAGAAAAUAUGUUGAAAAUUUUGCAAAUGGUAUAACUAUCAUUUCAAUGUAUGUUAAAUCAAGAUCAAGAUCUUCUACAGCUGAUUUAUCAAUAUAUCAAGUUAUAAAAGAAGCUUCAUUAUUAUAUUGUAUUCCUCAUAAUUUUUUUCAUGAUAGAUUUAUAAAGGGGGAUUUAUCAUUACAAGAAUCAAUUUAUGCUCAAUCUGGUGUUAUAUUUGUAACUCAUUUUUUAAAUCGUUUAGGUCCAGAAUAUAAUAAAUUAUCAUCAUUAUUAGAUCCUUCAAAAUCUACAGAACAUGCAGAAGUUUUAAAUAGUUUGAAAAAAAGAUUAAGAGCAGAGACUUAUACUCAAGAUUAUAUUAAAGAGGUUUUCAACAUAAGAAGUGAUAUUAUCAGAAGAUUAUAUCGUCAAUUUGCUGAUGUUCAUUAUAUAAGAUCAACAAUGGAAAAAACUUUAUCAUAUCAAAGAUUAUCACAAAUUCAAUCAAUUGGUUCUGAAGAAGAAUUUGAAAAUUUAUUAAAUAGAGAAUGUUCACAAAAUGAACAUCAUGCUAUUGUAUUAAGAGCUUUAUUUGCUUUUAAUAAAUCAAUUUUAAAAACAAAUUUUUAUACUCCAACAAAAGUUGCUUUAUCAUUUAGAUUAGAUCCUUCAUUUUUACCAGAAUCUGAAUAUCCUGAUAGACCAUAUGGAAUGUUUUUUAUAGUUGGAUCAGAUUUUAGAGGUUUUCAUAUUAGAUUUAGAGAUAUUGCAAGAGGUGGAAUUAGAAUUGUUAGAUCAAGAUCUAUAGAUGCUUAUAAUGUAAAUGCAAGAAAUUUAUUUGAUGAAAAUUAUAAUUUAGCAAAUACUCAACAAAGAAAAAAUAAAGAUAUACCAGAAGGUGGAUCAAAGGGGGUUAUAUUAUUAGAUUCAGGAAAAGCUCAAGAUCGUCCUCAAGCAAGUUUUGAAAAAUAUAUUGAUUCAUUAAUUGAUUUAUUAUUAAAACAAAAUAUUCCUGGUGUUAAAGAUAAUUAUAUUGAUUUAUAUAAUAAACCUGAAAUUUUAUUUUUAGGUCCGGAUGAAGGUACAGCAGGAUAUGUUGAUUGGGCUACAUUACAUGCAAGAAAUAGAGGUGCGCCAUGGUGGAAAUCAUUUUUAACUGGUAAAUCUCCUGAAAUUGGUGGUAUACCACAUGAUGAAUAUGGUAUGACUACAUUAUCAGUUCGUGCAUAUGUUAAUAAGAUUUAUGAAAAAUUACAAAUUGAUGAUUCCAAGAUACGUAAAUUUCAAACUGGUGGACCAGAUGGUGAUUUAGGUUCAAAUGAAAUUUUAUUAUCAAGAAAUGAAAAUUAUAUUGGAAUUGUAGAUGGUUCAGGAGUUUUAGCUGAUCCAAAUGGUUUAGAUAAAGAAGAAUUAUUGAAGUUAGCAAAAGAAAGAAAAAUGAUUGAACAUUAUGAUAAAUCAAAAUUAUCUUCAAAAGGUUAUAUAUUAUUAGUUGAUGAUUUUGAUAUAACUUUACCAAAUGGAAAACUUAUAACAAGUGGAGUUGCUUUCAGAAAUUCAUUUCAUUUAAAAUUAAAAGAACAAUUUGGUAUUAAUGGAAUCGAUUUAUUUGUACCAUGUGGUGGUAGACCAGGAGCAAUAGAUACAAAUAAUGUUUCAGAAUUAAUUGAUGAAAAAACUGGGAAAUCAAUUAUACCAUAUUUUGUUGAAGGUGCAAAUUUAUUUAUAACUCAAUCAGCAAAAUUAAUUUUAGAAAAAUCAGGUACAAUUAUAUUUAAAGAUGCAUCAACAAAUAAAGGAGGAGUUACAUCAUCAUCAUUAGAAGUAUUAGCAGCAUUAUCAUUUGAUGAUAAAGGAUUCUUAGAGAAUAUGUGUGUUGAUUCCAAAACUGGAUCAAAACCAGAAUUUUAUCAAAAAUAUGUUAAAGAUGUUCAAAAUAAAAUCGUGGUUAAUGCACAAUCUGAAUUUGAAGCAUUAUGGAAAUUAAAAAAUGAAACAGGAAUUCCAAUAACAAUAUUAUCUGAUAAAUUAUCAUUAGCAAUAAAUAAAUUAAGUGAUGAUUUAACAAAUUCAAAAGAAUUAUGGGAAGAUGAUUUAGAAUUUAGAAAUGCAGUAUUAUUGGAUUCUUUACCACCUUUGCUUCUUGAAAAAAUUGGUAUUGAAAAUAUUUUAUCAAGAGUUCCUCAAGCUUAUUUAAGAGCUAUAUUUGCUACUUAUUUAGCUUCAAAUUUUGUUUAUAAAAAGGGAAUUGAUUUAAAUCCUGCUAAAUUUUUAGAAUUUAUUUCUCAAUUAAGAAAAGAUUUUAUUAAAAAGGGAUUAUUGAAAUAUUAA